UAUAUAUAUAUAUAUAUAUAUCAUUCUAAAACAUUUGUGUUUUAAUAUUAUUUAUACUACAAUACAAUAGAAUACAACUUAGCAGCAAAAAAAAAUGGCAAAUUCUCAUCCAAACUUUACAAACAAACAUUUACAUAAUCUUAAAGAAGAUGUUUUAUACCAUCUUGGAAUAUCAACAAAUUCAUUUAAUUUUGAAGAGAAAUUCGGUGAUGUCAAGUUUGUCUGUACUUGUGGUAGUGCUGGCAGAAUAAUUAAAUUUGCAACAGCUAUGGCUGAAGAAGCUGGACAGAAAACACCUCCAGAAAAUAUAGCUGGUGCAGCUGCAAGAUUUGUACUAUUCAAAGUGGAUCGAACAUUGUUUGUUGAUCAUGGCAUGGGUAUACCAUCAACAUUGAUUGCUAUACAUGAAAUUACAAAAUUAUUACAAUACGCUGGUUGUAAUGAUGUGCUGUUUAUACGUAUAGGAACAUCUGGUGGAGUAGGUGUGAAAGCUGGAACACUUGUUAUAUCUAAUAAUUGUGUUAAUACUAAAUUUGAGCCAAUUCAAGAAUUGUGUAUUCUUGGUAAAGUUGUUCGUCGUCCAACUGCUGUUGAUAUGAAUGCUGUAAACGAGCUUAAAAGUCUAGCUGAAAGUAUGAAAUUAAAAUGUGAUGUUGUUGUUGGUGCAACAAUAGCUGCAAAUGAUUUUUACGAAGAACAGGCAAGAUUAGAUGGAGCAAUCUGUUCUUUUACUGAAGAUGAAAAGAAGGCUUAUCUUAAAUCAGCUUAUGAGAAUGGAAUAAGAAAUAUAGAAAUGGAAGGAACUGGAAUCGCUGCUCAUUGUAAACAAGUUGGUUAUCGAGCUGUUCUAGUUUGUGUAACCCUGGUGAAUCGUCUUGAAGUGGAUCAAGUUUCACUUACAGAAAAAGAAUAUGCCUACUUACAAGAACUACCUGGUAUGCUGGUUGGUGAAUAUUUAAAGAAAAAUGGUGGAAUAAACAGUUCAGGUAAACCAUCGAAUAAAUCUGCUGCUGUGAAUGGGAAAAAAUAAAAAAAAAAAUAAAAAAGAUUUCUAUUUGUUUAUUUUUUGCUUUUGUUGAAUACCUAUUCACUCAUUAACAUGAACGUGUCUUCCUUAACCUUUUGUCUUAGGACUUUUAAUUUUCCUGUCUGUCUCAGGAUGUAUUAAGACAAAUUUUGAUUUUAUUCUUUUUAUUAUACUUACAUUAUUAUUAUUAUUAUUAAUAAUUCUGGGAGAAGAACUGGAUUUUCUAAAAAAGUUAUGGCCUUAUUAUUUUAAAUUUCAUAAUAUAUAUUAUAAAAAAUAUA